UAGUUUGAUUCUUUAACUCCGCAAUUCAUGAACUUAGCUCGGUCAAAAAUCAUGCUGAAAAAGUGUUUUUCUUUCUUGCUGCUUCUUUUGUUGGAGAGAGGAGGGGUGGCUGUGCUGCAUUGCAGAGAGUUGUUAAUGCUAAUUAUUGAAGUUCUCGACUUUUUUCCGUUGUUGAUAUUCAUAAUUUGUAAGAUAUCUGCCCAUUGAAAUGGUUUCCGGAGGAAUGCAAAUGCAGACGCGCUUGGGGAGGAAAAGGAAGCUAAAGCAAGAGGAUAGUUUUAACUUAGUUGAAGAGGGUUCUAGACAUAAUGAAAUUCGAGGUGAAAAAGAUUUGAACCAAAUGGACCAGAGUGUUCAAUCCAUAGAUCGUAUCUCGCAACUGCCCGAACAUGUCAUCCAUCACAUCUUUGCCCAGCUUCGUAAUGUAGAUGAUGCAGUUCGAACCAGUGUACUGUCCAAGAGAUGGAGAGCACUGUGGUAUUCUUAUGCUGUUUUGGUUUUUGAUGAAAGAAAGUUCAUUGCAGGAAUUCGACAUGGAAAUAGUUAUAACAAGAAAAAGAGAUUUAAAGAUUAUGUAUCUAACAGUCUACAAACCCGCAUUGAGGAAAAUCCGGACAUUCAGAAAUUGGUGCUGCAUAUGACAUCCUUUAACUUAAAAGCUGCUCCACAGGUAGACCAUUGGUUAAGUAUUGCCAGCGGAAUGUGUAUCAAAGAACUGGAUCUCCAUUUUGGCAUAAAAAACAGCAGGCGCUAUUCAUUGCCAGAAACAUUCUUUUUGUCCAAAACAUUGACUGGGAUAAGGUUGAGUGGCUGUAAACUGGAUGCUUGCGAUAACAUAAUGCUUCCAUAUCUUCGUAGGCUUUGUCUGCAAAAAAUUGACUUAGCUGAGCACAACGUUCAAAAUUUUAUCUCUGGCUGUCGCUCAAUUGAGGAUUUAAGGUUCAUAGAGUGCGCAGGUUUGAAAAAUCUACAGGUUUCAAAUCUUCUUCGACUCAAUAGGGUUGACGUCCACCACUGCAAGCAACUGAAUACAGUUGAUCUCAGUGCUCCUAAUCUAGACACAUUUUGGUAUCGUGGCAAGAAAUCAACAUCUUGUAAAGUUAAUUUAGAGGGCUGUAAGUCUCUGAGAAGGUUGUCAUUAGAUCACCCUCAAGUGACACGUGAGUUUUGUAAAAAUGAAAUCUCCAAGUUUCCUUUGCUUGAAAAUUUGGAUUUGAGUUUACCCGAUAAGAUGAAAUAUGUUACAAUUUCUAACCCGCAGCUCCGGAGAAUUGUUUUGAAAGGAAGCAACAAGUUGAGUUUUGUUCUAAUAGACACCCCUAAUCUUCUGUCCUUUGAGUACAAAGGUGAAACAAUGCCUUACGUUCGUAUUGAUCCUUUCUGCCUCAGAGAUGCCAAACUUUCUCUAGAAUCUCGAGACCAAGAUAUUGUACAUGGUGACAGAUUCUGGUUUUUAGCAAGAGCGUUUAUUCGUAAGUUCGAUAGUAAAGGAUUUAAAUUGGUUCUCCAAUCCAGUAAGAAUAUUGCUAUACAUGAGGAUUUGACCAACAUCAGCCUUCCUCCAUUGCCAGACCUCAGCAUUAAAAUUUUCAAAUCUCCUUCAGCACGUCUUGAAGACAUAGUAUAUGGGUCGUUGCGGACACAUCCUGUCUUGGUAACUAUUAUAUCACCCCGUGGCAGUGACUUCCUCAAGUUAGUGUAUACAAUGAUAAGGUUCAGAGGCGAGGAUCCAAUCUGUUGCAACUAUAGCACUCCGAGCAAUAAAUGCUGGCGGCACUUCUUGAAAGAUGUCAAGAUUAAAAACCUGAAUGGUGAGGAGUUUGAAGUUGGGGACGACAAAUGUGCUCCUCAUAGCUCCACCUGGUGUAACUGGUGUAAGUCAUUGUAUGCAUCAAGGUCGUGCCAGAUGAUUAAUCUUAGAUUGUUCUGGAGUUUUCGAUUACAGCAUGUGGAGACAGCGGAAACCCUACAAAAUUUGUAA